AGGAAGGCGAGACGAGGGCAAAGUUAAGGAAGGAGCGGAUGGAUGAUGGCGGCUGCGCUGACGGCACCCGUUUGGAGGCAACGGCGGCUCCUGGUGGCCAGUUCGAGCUGGAGCAGGCGGAGAUUGAGGUGCGCCCUUCUGCCUGUAGCUGUUCCUAAGCUUGAUUACUGCUUGACACGUUCUCACAGCUAUAUACCCCGGAGAGCUGCUCUCUAUGUGCCUGCAGAUGAUGAGAGGAAGAUGCAAAAAAUUCCAUCACUCAAUGUGGAUUGUGCAGUGCUGGAUUGUGAAGAUGGUGUUGCUCUCAAUAGGAAGGCAGAAGCAAGACUGAAAUGUGUGAAAGCACUUGAAAAAUUUGAGUUUGGUUGGACUGAAAAGUGCGUAAGGAUCAAUUCUGUGACUAGUGGUCUCGCAGAAGAAGAUAUGAAGGUCAUUUUUGAGUCAAGCAUCCUUCCUACAAGCCUGAUGUUACCAAAAGUUGAAAGUACAGAAGAAAUAAGAUGGUUUACAGAGAAAUUUGCAUACUACUUAAAGGGCAGAACUCUAGAACAACCUGUGAAUUUCAUUCCCUUUGUGGAAACAGCAAUGGGGUUACUCAAUUUUAAGGCUGUUUGUGAAGAAAGUCAAAGGACGGGACCCCGAGUUGGCCUUCAUUUGGAUGCAGUAGUCUUUGGAGGUGAAGAUUUUCGUGCAAGCAUAGGUUCAACGAGUAGCAAAGACACCCACGAUAUUCUUUAUGCCAGGCAAAACAUUGUCGUCACGGCCAAGGCUUUUGGCUUACAGGCCAUAGACCUUGUAUAUAUUGACUUUCAAGAUGAAGAGGGGCUUCGUAAGCAGUCAAGAGAGGGUGCCUUAAUGGGUUUUACUGGUAAGCAGGUGAUUCACCCUAAUCAAGUUGCUGUUGUCCAAGAACAGUUCACGCCAAGCCCUGAAAAAAUAAAGUGGGCGCAAGAACUGAUUACAGCUUUCGAUGAACAUCAGCGCAUAGGAAAGGGGGCCUUCACUUUCCGUGGCAGCAUGAUCGACAUGCCAUUACUGAAGCAAGCUCAGAAUAUUGUUACGCUUGCCACAGCCAUCAAGAAAAAAUGAUCUGCUAAACGAACCUUCCCCCAGGGGGGCUCCGGGAGCUGUUUAAAAGAUCAUAUAAUACAUGGAGAAGGAAAAACGCAACAGUUCAGCCUUCAACAGAACUCUGUUCGCAUGCCCUACAAUGUGCCACAUGUUUUUCUUGCUUAUCGUGGACCACAGUGCUUUCCUGUAAGAAGCACUUGCGAGGGCAGAGUUGAAAGUACAAUUGGAUCAUUUGGGGGGAAAGGGCUCAUUAAAAUUAAUCCAUAACAAGGA